AUGACUUAAAGUUGCUGAUAACGUUGAUUAGUGAUUAUUUGGUUUAUUUGAUACGUGGACUAAUCAUAACGGACAUGAUAAGAAAAUAUGUUUCUUGUCAAUAAUUUUAUCAGUGUACUAUAGAACAAAUUAUUUUUAAAAAGUUGAUCAUCGAGGAACAAUUUUUACUAAGAAUUCAUAAUCAUGGAUAAGAGAGACAUUUCACCAAUCCUAAAGAAUAUACUGUCUCUUGACAUUCGAUUAACAAACAGUUUUGUGAAAUAUAUGGGCAAAUACAUGCCUAUGAAACAAUUAAAAGUACAUUAUUCAGCAUUGGAGAUAUCAUGUAAUGGCCUAGUAUGGUUUGGAUCAGUAUUGGCUCUGGUUUGGAUUCUUCAUAAUAAAGAUUUAUAUCAAAUGCAAGUCAAUUUAUUAUUAGGCUUGGUGUUGGACGUUAUUUUUAUUGGUGUAUUGAAAGCAAUCACACGACGAAGACGGCCUACAUCCGCCGCAGUUCCUUUAGCAAUAGGACCUGAUAAAUAUUCAUUUCCAUCUGGUCAUGCUUCUCGAGCUAUGUUUUUACUUUAUUUCUUUAACCAUCUAUGGCCUGUACCUAUGAUUUUCUUCCCUCCAUUAGUAGCAUGGGUUAGUGCUACAGCUUUGUCUAGAAUCAUGAUGGGAAGACACCAUAUUCUCGAUAUUAUCGCAGGCUUACUUUUAGGUUAUGUUGAAGGUCUACUCAUGAGUUUCUUGUACUUAGAACCACAAACUUGUUUGUAUUUAGUAUCUUUUAUGACUGAUGAAAAAGUGAGUGAUACGUAAUAUAAUGUUUAGGCUUUGGUUAUGUUAUUAAGUGUGUUAUAUUUUAAUAUGUUUUUAAAUGGUGACAAAUUAUGCAUUAUGACUUUAUGUGGACUGUGUAUAAAAUAAUCACGUUUUUAAUUUUUGCAAGUAUUUUACAAUUUUUACUUCAGAUGCAACUAUUUAAUUUUAAUUGUUUUAAAGUGUCUUAGAAUAUUCACGAUGACGCCAGAUGUAUGCACAUUACUUCAUCCGCGGAUGCGGUACGAGAAUUUGAAUACUAGGUUUUGAUAUUAUUAUGAAUAAUUGAUGAUUUACUUUUCAAUGUAAAUAAAAGAAUACUUUUAUACCCUAAAUUUAUGAAAGAGCAGGUCGCUUCAUGUGUACCUAGUGUACGAGGUGAGCAACCGGUGGAUGACGUGAAUGUGUUAAUCUGGACUGGAUAAACCAAACUUUGGAAGUACCAAAUUACGAGAAAUAUUAGCUACGAUAUUAUUGAUGUUGCAGUACAAUUGUAAAAUUUAAGAAAUAAAUUUUGAAAAACCUAACCUUGAAUAAAGUGAAUACCAGAGAAAAGUACAUACAUAAAUUUGAAAUGUAAAAAGGAAUAUAUGGGGAAUGUUUUAUAUAAUUAUAUUUAAUAAUUUGGUUACCAUGUUAUUAAAUAAAUUAUAGUAUUUUGUACUUUAAUCAUUUAUUCUCUUGUCACG